AUGCUUCUUCUUUUCUUUUCCCGUCCAAAUUUCUUUGCCUUCUAUUUGCUUAAAUCUAUUUUCUUUCUCUCUUUGUUUUUGUCUUACCUUCAGUCAUUUAGCUUUAUCUUUCUUUCUUUCUUUUUCUUUCUUUCUUUCUUUCUUUCUUUCUUUCAGUUAUUCUCAUGCAUUGCCUUAUUUCUUUUUGCUUUCUUUCUCUUUUUCUUCCUAUUUUCUAUUCCUGUUAAUUUUUCUUUCUCUUUUUCUCUUUUUAAUAUUUUACUUUCUUUUUUUUUUGUCUUUCCUUCUGUUCUUGUCCUUUUUUCUUUUCUUUCCUUCUUUCUUUCUUCUUCCUUCUUUCAUUUCUUUCUUCUUUUCUUCUUCAUUUACUUAUUUCUCUCUUUCAUUCUUUUGUUCCUUAAUUUCUUUUUUCUUCUUUUCUUUUUGCUUCCUUCCUUCAUUUCUUUCAUCUUUUCUUCCUUCAUUGCUUUCUUUUUCCUUUCUUUCUUCCAUUCUUUCUUCUUUUUUUCCUUUUUUCUUCCAUCCUUCAGUUCUUUCUUCUUUUCUUUCUCCAUUUCUUUCUUUCUUCCUGCAUUUCUUCCUUUGUCUUUCUUAACUUCUUUCUUCCUAUCUUCCUUCAUUUCUUAUUCUUUUCUUUUUUUAUUUCUUCCUUCAUUUCUUUCUUCCCUUUCAUUUCUUUCUUCCUUUUUUCUCCCUACAUUUCGUUCUUCUUUUAUUUAUUUCUUCCUUCCUUUCUUUCUUCUUUUUUUUUCCUUUUUUUCUAAUUUUUCUUUUCUGCCUUUCUUUUCUUUUUAUUCCUACUUUGAUUUCUGUCUUCUUUUUCAUUGCUUUUUUUCUUCCUUUCUUCAUCGUUCAUUUCUUUUUCCUUUCUUUUUUCUUCUUUCCUUCAUUUAUUUCUGCUUUCAUUUCUUUUUCUUUCUUUCUUUCUUCUUUUCUUAA